AUGUUUUCUCGAGGAUUUAUUAGAAAAUUGGCCACAUCCACAAAGUCUACUCCUAAAAUAACAGAUAUUUUAAUCGUUGGUGGUGGUCCAGCAGGCUUGACAUUAGCCACAGGGAUCCAAGAAUCCCCUAUCUUAUCCAAAUAUAAUGUUACUUUAGUAGAUGGGAACGACCUGCUAAAUAAAGUGGGUGAUUUUUACUACGACCCUCCAAGUUAUUUCACUAAUAGAGUAGUCUCUGUGACGCCACAAUCUAUGAAAUUCCUCACUGAAAAGUUAAAAGUUGCUUUACUUCAAGAUAGGAUUCAACCAUAUGAUGGAUUAUAUGUAAACGAUGGUAUUACAGAUGCCUUUUUGGAGAUUGAAAGAGAAGAAAUGCUUUAUAUGAUUGAGAUUUUAAAUAUACAAUCUUCUUUGUUGCACAAGUUGACUACCAAUUCAAUUAAUUCAAGAGUCAAUAUUUUUGAUAAUUGCAAAGUGAAAUCAAUAACCUCUAGUGUCAAAGGAGAUCCAACGUCAUGGCCUCUGGUAGAGUUGGCUAAUGGUGAGAUUUAUAAAACUAGACUCUUGGUUGGUGCCGACGGUUUUAAUUCACCAGUAAGGAACUUUGCUGGUUUAUAUUCUCGUGGAUGGAAAUAUGAUACAUGGGGGUUGGUAGCAACUUUAAAAUUAGAUCCCCAAUCUUUACCUAUUUAUAAGUUGCGUGGUUGGCAAAGGUUCUUACCAACAGGCCCCUUAGCUCAUUUACCUUUGCCCGGAGAUAAUGCUUCGAUGGUUUGGUCCACUGGUGGAAACGAAAUGUCAUCGAUAUUAAUGGAGAUGGAUUCUAAAUUAUUCGCUAAAAUGGUUAACGCUGGAUUCAUUUUGACAACAACUGAUAUUCAGUACUAUUUAGCUGCAUUUAAAAAAGGAACAUUAACAACUGAACAGAUAAUUGAAGAUAUUGAUGAUAGAAUCAAUCAAGUAUACAGUUCGUUUAAAGAUGAAACUCAAAUCGAUGAAAAAUUCCCACCCUUAGUGGUUGACGUAGUACCAGGAACACGGGCCCGUUUCCCAUUAAAAUUUAGCCACGCUGAUUCCUAUGUAACUGAUCGUGUUGCACUUGUUGGAGACGCUGCACAUACCACACAUCCGUUGGUUGGUCAAGGUUUAAAUAUGGGACAACAUGACAUAGAACAAUUACUAAACUGUUUGGAAAGAGCCACAUUGCGUGGGCAAGAUAUUGGUUCUGCUUUAAGUUUGGAACCAUACUGGGCUAAUAGCUAUGGUUUUAAUAAUAUUAGGUUAGGGAUGGCAGAUAAAUUACAUAAAUUGUAUCACACUGAUUUCACACCUGUCGUUGCAAUGAGAUCUUUAGGUUUAAAUAUCGUGAAUCAACUUAAUCCUGUGAAAAACCUUAUUGCAGAUAUAAUGACAGGUAGAUAA